UUUGCAAACAACAAACCCCGUGAGCGGACCGCGAUGCACAUACAUUUCUCUCGCAAAUACAAUUGCUCUCCAAACUCUCAUCGCUCUCUCAAAAGGUGGAGCCCGUCGCCUGAAUCGUUCAACUCACGCACGUUUUUAUCUCGCAUUGCUCACUGUGUAUUCGGUUCGAACGGUUGUGUUUGUUGUUUGCACCAGCCAAGCCAGCUGUCAAAAAAGAGGUGCGCUGAUUUUUGCUUCUGUUUGUGGUGUGUUUUUGCGUGAAGUUUUCGCUGCAAUCAGCACGUUUUAUUCCGCGCAUUAUUGACGAGUGUGUGUGUGUGUGGGUGAAUCUGGUGACGAAUCGUAACAAAGUGCACUCCACGCCGUGUCUGUGAUUUAAAGACUCUUCAGUCGCAUAACGCCAGACCAGGCGCUUCGUUCGUCUUACCAACGCAGUCGCUAUACACACAUACAAGAGCACACUCAUCCUCUAAAGCUCUGCUGCAAGGAAACGAUGGAGGAAGAAAACAAAAAACCAUACAAGAUUAAGGAUGUGACGAGAGCUAUUAAGAAGGCGGUAGUGGCCGGCACACUGGACGAGGUACGGUCAAAGGCGGCGGAAAAGUUUGGCCGUACGGAUCUGCCCAACAUUCAUCUCGACUCGGACGGUACCGAGGUGGACGAUGAGGACUACUUCCAAACGCUCGAACCAAAUGCCGAACUGAUUGCGGUCUUCUCCGGCGAACAGUGGAUAGAUCCCACACAUUACGUUACAAUAACGACGCGCCGGGAUUCGGCCGACAUCACCGACAGCCCGGACGUGGAGCGAAUACAUCUGAAGAAGCUGGUCGCGCAGAUGAAAACCAACCUGUGCAACGUGUCGGUGCUGAGCGAACCGGACCUGGAGCUGCUGUCAAACAUGGACCCGAACUCGGUGGCCGACAUUACCGGCAAGGACUUUAUCGAGCAGCUGAAGGAAGCUUCAGGCAGAAUCUUGCAUGAAAAACGAAAGGCUGCUGACGCAAUUGAGCUGCUAAAGCUGAUCGCCAAGCAACCGAUCGCAUCGAACGACCCCGACAGUAUAGAGCGCGUGUACGAUGAUGACGGUACCGCGCACCAGCUUCGCUCCUUUCUGACCGCCACGGUACGAUCUGGCCCUAUCGUUAAUCAGCCGCAGCGCGCGGACAUGACUGCGGCCGCCGCUGCCGAAGAAUCGUCCUCCUCCUCGCCUUCUACGACGCCUUCCACGACGAUCGUUUCCAUUCCGGCUACCGUCAACAGUUACAGCGAUGGCAAGCACAACAUAACCGUUCACCUGCAACCGACCGUAGGCAGCAACUUCGAUAGCAGUACCGGUGAAGACACUCUUGACAACUGCCAUAAGCCAACGGACGGCAACCCGGAACACGGCAAACCGAUUUGAUAUUUAAUGUAUCAGGUCAAUGUGUGCCACAAGUAGACGGCGCAUUUGACCAUUUAUUGUUUUUUUUAUAUUUUGAGCUUUUUGUUUUGUAACAUGUUAUAACAGGAGUUGCCUUUUUUAAGAGUGAUUUGAGAAUAAUAUUGUGGCGUCAUACACUCAUAAGUUUAACCUUUUUGACGAAAGCCGAAUAGCCGGCAAGAAAUUGGUUCGCAAAGACACUAAGUAAGCAGUACUUAACGAAAAUCCAAAAGAUUAACAUUAAUUUAACUGCCAAACACCGCUUAUAAGGGUGAUACGAAAAUGACGAAAAUAUUACUAUUUAGAAGGAAUACUAUUGCGCAAUAGCAUACAGACAACACGGCUAAAACGAAAUCACAAUAGACUAGUUUGAAAUAGUAACCGUUUAGCAUCGACGGCAGUGUACACGUUGUGGUACCGCCGUAGGCCAAAAAAAACCAAUUAAUCUAAACCGCAUUGAAACAUUACUAGCCGAGCAUUAACGUAAAAAAAACGUCUAUAGCACAGCAUGAUUGUAGAAGCGGCAAAAAAACGCAACGCUCAAGAGAAUAUUCACAUUUUAAAAAGAAGCACUAGAUCUUUACCUAGGUCUAAACCUUCUCGGCACAACCAACCAACGGAACUACGAUACGUGAAAGUAAUAGAACAGAAACAGAAAGGAGCCAAAAAAAAAGGACAAAAAUCGCCUAACACUACACAUGUUUAAAUGUAAACCAGUAACAGAACAUAAACAUAAACGCAAGCACACCACACCUCACGUGCGCGUGAACCAGAAGCCGCGCAAACACGGCAACACACACACACACGGAACACUUAAAAAAAACGGAUCAUAAUGGUAAUUCAAUUAAGUGUGCUGUGUGGCUGGUUUUUUGGGGGGUGAUUAUUAUAAAGACUGAGCAGUUCAUUUUUAAGGGGUUGUUCGAAAGACGACGUCACCCUUCCACGGACCGACAGAACCGGAUCAAGUGCGGAUGAAAGAACGCGGAUACGGACUACGCGACGGAUGAUUGGAAAUGAACUGUCUAAAUUUAAUCGAAAAAAAAACAUUAAAAGUAAUUUACUAAAAAUCAAUUUGCAACAAAUUUUGCCUGAACAGAUACGGUUAGGCGGUAUGUAUGUGUGCGUGCGUGUGUGCGUGAAACUAACGAGUAGAUAACGAGUGUGUUGGGAGUGGAAAACAAAACAAUAUAACAACUCCAAUUACAGGGGGAAAAAGGAGGAAAAAACAGGCACACACACACACAAAAGUGAAUGCAACCGAAAGCCUGAUUGUGGAGAUGAGCGGUUUAAAAUACACGCUAAAUAAAAACAUUAAAAGCAACACAAAAUUAACCCAAAGUUGAGGUACCGUACGGUGGAACUGUCGAUUGUGUGAUGCAAUUUUGUUUGUUAACAUUUAAAUUUUGUAACAUGGAAAUAGUUAUGGCAACAACUACCCGGUAUAGGCUAGCAUUUUCAAAAAGAAAAAAACAAAACAAAACCAAUAUCGAAUGGUCAGUUGUAUUAACGCAUACAGAUGUAAGCGCUUCAAUCGCCAGUUUGGCGCACUAAGGAUAAUUGUUUAAUGUACACAAAAUUCUGUUCCCUGCACACAAACUGUAUACCCAGAAGUGUGCGAAGAGGGCGCAGUUACAAUGAAUGCACUAAAUUGAUAACUACAAGAAGCACACACAACACUUCCACGUUGCCAACACUGGAAACGUUGCACCAAACACCGACACUGUGUAUCGUUAACAUGACCCCGAACAAAGCAACUGAUACAUGAUUCGUGCACCAGAAGUAAUCGGUAGUUUUUUCCCCCCGCCGGGAAUUUAUCACAACACAAAAUGCAACAGAACAUGUUAAACUGUAGGAAAAAGGGAGGUUGCCACCUAUGUCAACCACCACAGAUCGUACAUAAGCGGUUUGGGCGGUAGUAGCAGAGAUACCGAGGUAGAAUAUCGGGGCAGAAAUAGGAUUCUAAAAAGGUUAAUACGAAAACGGUAUGUUAACAUGAGUGCAUCAUCUACUGAAACCAAAAACUCCCUACUCUCCCGUGGCGCCGUAGCGAUCCUUAUGCCGAUCUGCAAUCUAUUGAAAGUUAAAUAAACAGGUUUUAAUCAUACGUUUAGUAAAAAACACA